GUGUUCUGUUGACUGACCAUCCUACUCUCAACGUGAAUGUCUCUGCUCUGCACACCUUUGCUCUCCUCUCUCCGUCCGAUUCACUCUACACACGCAGACGCACACCUUUUCAGUUCAAGCCUCUAUUUCACAGUUCCACUCAGAUUCUUCUGCAUCUUCUUGGUCUGCUAGAAGACAGUCUAACAAAGUAAGUGGACUUGGUGACAUUAAGGAUGCGUUGUGUGAGCUGGUUGUUAUUGGGGACCUGCCUUCUGGUCCUGGGUCCCGCAGUGCAGGGAGCGCCAAGCCAGUGCCCGACCCUCUGCCACUGCCACGGUGACCUUCAGCACGUCAUCUGUGAUAGUGUGGGACUGAAGAAGAUCCCUCAGGUCUCAGAGGCCACCCGCUUGAUGAAUCUUCAGAGGAACAACCUGGGCAGCAUUCCUACCGGCGCCUUCAGCGAAAGCAAGGGUCUCAUCUCGCUGCACAUGCAGCACUGUCAGCUCCGAGAGAUCGACACCCAGGCCUUUAAAGGGCUGAAGAAGCUUGUCUACCUCUACCUGUCCAACAAUGAGAUCCACAGGGUCAAGCCCGGUGCCUUUGAUGACCUCACUGAGCUCACCUACCUCUAUCUAGAUGGGAACCAGAUUAGUGACCUGUCUAAGGGCAUCUUCUCCCCAAUGAUCAACCUCUUCGUUCUGCAGCUCAACGACAACAAGCUGCGUGAGCUGCGGGCCGGGACUUUCACGGGUGCCAAAGACUUGCGCUGGUUGCACAUGAGCGGGAACGAGCUGACCACCCUGCAGCCCGGCUCUCUGGACGACGUUGAGAACCUCGCCAUACUUCACCUGGACAGGAACAAGAUGUCCACCUAUCCUACGGCGGCAAUGAGCAAACUGCGUGUGGUGGAGGAACUCAGGCUGGGGAGGAACCCCAUGAGGACCAUCCCAGACAAGGCCUUCCAGAGCUUUGGACGCUACAUGGAGCAACUACACCUGGACAACAUGAAACUGGAGAAGUUUGCUGACGGUGCGUUUACUGGAGUCACAGCCCUAAAGUCGCUGUACCUGGACAACAACAAGCUUAAGUCCCUGCCCAAGAGUCUCAAGUUUGGAACCUUGACCAAUCUCACCCUCUCCAACAACUCUUGGAACUGUACAUGCCAACUCACUCCACUGCGCAGAUGGAUGGACUCUAGUCGCAUUCAUCCAGACGCAGCGUGCACUUCUCCACCUUCGCAGAAAGGCAAGCAAGUCAGAGAGAGCACUGCCUUCAGUGGCUGCAAAGUGAAAGCAAAGGUACCCAAAAAGGGCACCCGUAUUUGAACACCACAGCUGCACAGGAGAAGCUGUGAGCAGGAGCUACAAUGUGCAGCAAGACCAACAAUGCUAACUCAAUUCUUCUUAAAGACUGUCCAUCUGUCAAUUUGUCAUUAGGUUAAAAAGACACAUUUAUAGACACAUCUGGGGGAGAGAGGGGAAUCCAUGGACCGUGGACACAAUGAAGCUACCCUUCAAAAUAAAGGUUACACUACAAAUGACUACUGUGGACAAGUAUGUCAUGUUUCAAUGUUUCAAGCAGUAAACAAACAAAUGAAAAACAUGUUUUGCUAAGGAUGACUUUCAACAAACCAGGAGUUUCAAGCUGCAUCAAUAAGGUUUUUUGGCACAAGGGGGCGGUACUAUGUUUUGUGAUGUCCCAGACUGAUCCAGAUAUCUUUUAAAAAGGUCAAUACUGUCUUGAUUAGACCUAAAUAAAUGGCAGUCUUUUUC